CCCCAAUACCACCACAUGUCUGCUCGCGGAUGAACAAGGGCUGAUUGACUGGUUAUAAACAACUCGUGAAAUGAGUGAUUUGGAAGAUGAUGAGACACCCCAGCUUUCUGCCCACGCCUUAGCAGCUCUCCAGGAAUUUUAUGCUGAGCAAAAGCAACAAAUUGACCCAGGCAAGGAUGAUAAAUAUAACAUUGGAAUAAUAGAAGAGAAUUGGCAGUUGAGUCAGUUCUGGUAUAGUCAGGAAACUGCUCUGCGACUUGCACAGGAGGCAAUUGCAGCUGUAGGAGAAGGUGGCAGAAUCGCAUGUGUGAGUGCCCCCAGUGUUUACCAGAAACUCAGAGAGAUGUGCAGAGAAGACUUUUCUGUAUACAUCUUUGAAUAUGACAAAAGAUUUGCCAUGUAUGGAGAGGAGUUUAUUUUCUAUGAUUACAAUAAUCCAUUGGACUUACCCGAAAGAAUUGCUGCACAUAGUUUUGACAUCGUACUAGCAGAUCCUCCCUAUCUUUCGGAGGAAUGUCUCAGAAAAACAUCAGAAACCAUCAAGUACCUGACUCGGGGCAAGAUUCUGCUGUGCACAGGGGCCGUCAUGGAAGAACAGGCAGCAGAACUCCUUGGAGUGAAGAUGUGCACGUUUAUUCCAAAACACACCCGGAACUUGGCAAAUGAGUUUCGCUGUUACGUGAAUUAUGAUUCUGGGCUGGACUGUCUGAUCUAAUUACAGAUGGUGACAUAACACAGGCGGGAAGCCUCUCACCUUCCCCCUUUUCUAUUUUCCUAGUAGAUGGAAAAGUUAUAAUCUCUUCCCCUUCCCCCAAAGCUGGAGCUCUCCCUGGCCUGAUUUCCAAAAUAAAGUACAUGACCUUCA